AUGAACAUUAUCAAACAGUUCUUGUACCACGAGGGCUCUGUGAGAAAUUUAAAAUCUGGAGGCCGUCCACGCAACAGGCGAGUAGUGACGGACCGAGAGGAAGUACGUCUUUCAACAAGGCAAUGGCGUCGGCCUGUGCCCUCUCCUCUCGGAAGGAUGUCAUUGUCCUGGAUGACAUCCUCAGCGGUCUCGGCGCCACCACGGAGGAACAUGUUGUACAGCGAUGCUUUGGACCAGACGGUCUCCUCCCACAGGGAGUCCCUGAGCAAUGGACAACAGAAGCUCUUCUGUCUGGAAAGAGCUUUACUACGAGAUCAGCGAGUCGUGGUGUUGGAUGAAAUUUCUAGCAACCUGGGCCAUGAGACGGAUACUGUGAUUCAAAAGGUUCUGCAGACCGAAUUCGCGGACAAAACUAUGAUCAUCAUCGCACAUCGACCACGUACAAUCAUGCACUGCGACAAGGUUGCCAUGAUGGCCGACGGCAACCCCUCCUGGCCAGAGGAGGGUGUCUAUGCUCAGUGA